CUCAGGAACAUGCAUCUGUCUUCUGUCGUCCUUUCCAGCCUCCUCAUCCUCAACCUGCAGCUGUGCAGCACAUAUCCAGUCACUUCACACCUGACUGGAACCGACAUGGAUGUCUUAAAGGUUCUCCUGAACAGACUGGAGGAGUCUCUUCCAGAGCGGACCGUGACGGACCGGGACGUCCCCGCAGAGCGGGACAGUCUGGAGGAGCUGGCCGUGGACGCAGCAUCGGAGGAUCAGCAGGCUCAAGUUCUGGAUGAUGCAAAGAUCAGGGAGAUUUUUUCAGCGAAGAACCUGAAAAGCGUCCGCAAUGACUCGUCCAGGAAGUCUUCCAGCUGCUUCGGGCACCGGGUGGACAGAAUAACAUCCACGAGCUCUAUGGGCUGCAAGUCUAUUGGCAUAUACAAUCCGAAGUCAGACCGACGUCCAUGACAGCACCACCACAGAAAUUGUACUGAAAGCUAUUUAUUGAUUAAUAUUUAUUAAAUGUUGCUUGUGUCUUGAAUAUUUAUUUGAAAUGUAUGUAAGACUGUGAUCUCUGUGUUCCUAAUUGUUUAAAUAAAUGUUUCUGACUG